AUGUUUGUGGAUAUUCAACUAACAUCUCUUGUUGGAGGGUCGCCUCUUAUUGGAGGUUCUUCUCUUGUUGGAGGUUCUUCUCUUGUUGGAGGUUCUUCUCUUGUUGGAGGUUCUUCUCUUGUUGGAGGCUCAUCUCUUGUUGGAGGCUUAUAUUCAGUGGACGGCCGUCACCAGCACCGCCUCCGUCACCAGAGAAUUCUCUUACUGCGUCACGAUAACCAAGAGAAGGUCUCCCCCGUCACCAUGACAGCCCAGAAGCUGGUGUUAGCACUCUCACUUCUGUGUGUGUGGCUGGAGUGUGAGGCCAAGUCGUUUGAUAUCAAGAAGCCGGAUCUUGGGCCAAGUGGCGUCAUCGCUUUACAGGACGAGGAGCUUCAGGAGCUGUUCUCAGAGCGACUCAAUGGGACAAUACCGCCACCUGUUGUGCCUGCUGACAACUUCACUAUUGACAUACCAGAGCCAAAGGACUUCGACAACACCAAUACUCGACCACGAGGAGGAGACGCCGGCGAGGACUCUUUCAACUCCGCCUCGAGAGCCUGUCAGUGUGGGAAAGCCAACAAGGGUUCUCGCAUUGUUGGGGGAACUGAAACGCUUGUCAAUGAAUACCCAUGGCAUGUCGGGUUAGUUAGGGUAGUAAAUGGCAGAAAAUACUUGGUAUGUGGAGGAUCAAUCAUUUCUAACCACUGGGUCCUGACCGCUGCUCACUGCAUUGACAGCAAUGCUAUAGAAGUACUGGUGGGCGACCACGAUUUCACUACCGGAACUGAGACCCAGGACCCGGCAUAUCUCUACGCAGUCAAUUGGAAAGUAGUCCACCCAGACUAUGUCAAUUCCGUGAACGGAUUCGACAUAGCCCUGCUACACACAACGCAGCCACUGGACUUCACCAAGUAUGGUCAAGCACCAGUGUGUCUCCCUCCAUAUAAGAACAGACUCUACGUUGGUGAAAGGGUCACUGUGUCUGGCUGGGGCACUACGAGUGAAGGAGGAAGCAUAAGCCCAACCCUGCAGGAGGCAGAUCUGUUUGUCUGUCAUAAUAGCUACUGCAAUCAAGCUUACAACGGUAUCAUCCUCAACAACAUGGUGUGUGCCGCAGCUAAUGGCAAGGACUCCUGCCAAGGAGACUCAGGAGGCCCGCUGGUGUACAACAACAACGGCAUAUAUGAACUCAUUGGUGUUGUAUCGUUUGGAAUAGGUUGUGCACGUCCCGGCUAUCCUGGAGUGUACACACGAGUUACUAGUCACGUCGACUGGAUACAACGCUACACUGGAAACUUAUAUACUGCAACAUCAGGUUAAGGUAGUAGGUGCUUGUUACUACCACUGACACCCCUGCUGCCUACCUGUCUGCCUGACUCACGACCACCACGGUACCACCUCUCAUCUCUACCACAGCUCCACCUCGCUGCCUGCCUGACUCAUCACCAGUCGCCACCACCACUCGAUUCCUCAUAACACCGCAAAAAAAUAAAAUCGCGGAUUGAGCUGACAUUUCUUGUGUCGUUUCAUAACAUCAACGUCUAGGCCUUGUUCAGUAAUUAUUAUGUAUUUAUGUAAGAUGAUUUAGCGAGCAAAUUUACCACUCGUGGAGUUUUCUAAUUGGCUGUUAAACUUCAUAUACACCAAGAUCUUUACGACUGAAUUCUGUGGUGAGAAAGCCAUAGUUGUUGUGUUUUGUGUCUCAAUUGUUAACUCUCAUGAGGCAUUAAGUCCUAAAUUAGAUCAUAAAUAAAAUAACUAAUAAACUAUGUUAGUGAA